ACCCGCAGCAUCCCUCAUCUCUGUCAUCUCGUUACUACCCGAUGUUCUGGGCCUCAGCAUCACUCUGUUACACUUUUUUUUAGCGAUAUAGCGAACUUAAAAGGACCUAGGAAGCCAUACAGGUCAAAAUAAGAAGAGGUCACAGUGAUAGAGGUCCAAGGCACCAUGGAGCAGAGUGUGGUUGCCAGCUGCCACAAGCACCGCCGCACCACCCUGGAGCGCAUCGAGAAGUACAUCAGCCACAACCAGUUUAAGGACGUCAACCUGAGAAGCAGACUGUUCCCUGCGGCCAAAGUGGUGGACAGGUUGCUCCACUGGGCCGUGCCGGGGAGCCGAGGGUCAUGGGAGGAGUGGCCCUUCAGGAAGGUGGUGACACAGGACUUCCAGCCAGUAGCAGCGGGCCAGUCCUUUGGGCCGCUGUGGAGCACGCACUGGUUCAGGGUGGAGGUGGAUGUCCCUGCGUCCUGGGCCGGUGAGGAGGUGUGGCUGCACUGGGUGAGUCAGGCGGAGGCGCUGCUGUGGACCAAGGAUGGGGAGCCAAUGCAGGGUUUUUCACCGGGGGGGCGGCACCUCAGUCCCCUUCAAGGCGCCACGUGCACUGGGGACUCGGAGCCAGACCAGAGCCGCACCGAUUACCUCCUGCACAAGCGCUGGGACGGCUUGGUGCAUACCCUGGUGCUGUACGUUGAGAUGGCCUGCUGCGGCAUGUUUGGCGGCGGCAAGGACGGCAUGAUCAGCCCCUCAGACAAGGAUCGGACCUUUGCUGUGGAGGCCGUGGAGGUCAGCACCCGUGACCGCAAAGUGUUCAAGCUGCUGACUGACCUAGAGGUGCUGCAUGACCUGGCCUCGACCCUGCCCCUGGAGGACCCCCGGGGCCACCAGGCGCUGCACACGGCCAACCACAUCGUCAACGCCAUCGUCAAGGACAACCUCAGGGAGGCGAGUGAGUUGGCCGACAGUUUCUUUGCCAAGGGUAAUGGGGGCCUGGCACACACGCUGGCCCUCAUCGGAAACUGCCACAUCGACACUGCCUGGCUCUGGCCCUACUCAGAAACAAAGAGGAAAUGUGCCCGCUCCUGGUCCUCUACUCUGGCCCUAAUGGAGGAGUACCCAGAGCUGAAAUUUGCUUGCUCGCAGGCCCAGCAGCUCUCAUGGGUCAAGACGCACUACCCAGGACUCUUUGAGAGGAUCCGCCAGCAAGUGGAUGAGGGGCGGUUCAUCCCUGUGGGCGGAACAUGGGUGGAGAUGGAUGGACUCAUUCCCAGUGGAGAGUCCUUCAUGCGCCAGUUUCUGUAUGGUCAGCAGUUCUUCAUGAAGGAAUUUGGCGUGAAGUGUCAAGAGUUUUGGCUGCCAGACACCUUUGGCUACUCGGCGCAGUUCCCACAAAUCUGCAAGCACUUUGGUAUCAGCCGCUUCCUGACACAGAAGCUGAGUUGGAGUCUUCUGAACAAGUUUCCACACCACAACUUUCUCUGGGAAGGACUUGACGGCUCAACCAUCCUGGCGCACUUCCCACCAGGGGACUCCUACGAGCUGAGAGUCAGGGUGAAGGAGGCCUUGCACACAGUAACCAACCUGCAGGACAAGGGACGUGUCAGCACCUCAGCCUUCCUCUAUGGCCACGGCGAUGGUGGAGGCGGCCCCACGAGACCCAUGCUGGAGCGUAGCCGCCGCCUCAGGGAUGUGGACGGCUGCCCCAAGAUGGAGCACAUGAGCCCAAGUGACUUUUUUCUUGGUCUGGCGUGAGUCAUACUUGUCACAGGGGUGAAGGCACGCCUGGAGUCUGAGAGUCACAACCUCUGCCGCUGGGUGGGCGAGCUGUACCUUGAGCUGCACAAUGGCACCUACACCUCGCAGGCCAAAACCAAGCGUCAGAAUCGUGCGUGUGAGUGGGCGCUGCGAGACGCUGAGCUGCUGCUGGCCGUUGCGUCCCUCAUGCGCGUAAUACAGAAGAAAGACACACUUGAGCGUCAGGCACAGCUGGGGGAGGCGUGGCGUAAGGUGCUGCUCAACCAGUUCCACGACGUCAUUCCCGGCACAAGCAUAGGAGCCGUGUACGAGGACUCGGACCGGCUGUACCAGGAGGCCAUGGAUGCUGCAGAGGGCGUGAGAUCGUACUGCUGUAAUCUGCUGUUCAAGGGGGAGGGUCGGGAAGGGCUGAUGGCGCUCAACACCUUUCCGUGGGAGGUGACAGAGGUGGUGGUGGUGGAUGAGGACCACCUUUUAGAGAUCGAUGUGCAGGAGCAGCCGUGCGAGAAGGCUGGUCGGCUCCAGGACAAGUUCAUCCAAUCCACGGGGCAGGUUGGGAAGUACUACGUGGCUGUGGUGGCUCCGGGCAUAGGCUGGUCAAGGCAGUUCAUGCCGCUCAUGAAUCCACCGGUAACUGUCUCCUUGGAGAACAACGUCUUCAAGCUCGCAAAUGACUUCAUCAAGGCAGAGAUCAACAUGGAGGGGCAGGUGAAGAGCUUGAGUCUGAAUGGUGACACCCGCGAUAUUUUCAAGCGGUUCAAGGUGGUCGGGAAGGCAGAGGAGCCACUUGAGGGGUCGCUCCGCUGGUCCACCAAGGGGCGUGGUAACCAGGUGGUGCUGUUCGAUGAUAUUCCGCUAUACUGGGAUGCCUGGGAUGUCAUGGAUUACCACCUGGAGACUGGCAAGGUGCUCAACGAAGGGGAGAGUGGACAUGUGGAUCAGAAAGUGGAGCUGGUGGAGAGCGGGCCGCUGAUGGCAAAGCUCAAGUGGACCCUCAAAAUCAGCGAACGGUCCACUCUCGUCCAAGAAAUAUCACUAUCGGCAACCAGUUCCUAUCUGGAGUUCAAGUGUCACGUCAACUGGAAUGAAAACCGCAAGUGCCUCAAGGUUGCUUUCGACACGGCACUCGUAGCGCGCGUCGCCUCCUUCGACACCCAGUUUGGCUUUGUGGAGCGGCCGACACACACCAACACAUCCUGGGACGCCGCCAAGUUUGAAGUCUGUGGCCACAAGUGGGCAGACCUUUCCGAACCCAACCUUGGCAUUGCUGUGCUGAGCGAUUGCAAGUAUGGCUGGACAGCACGGGGCGGCAUGCUGAUGCUGUCACUGCUGCGCUCACCCAAGGCUCCUGACGCUGAGUGUGACAUGGGCACCCACACCUUUGCCUAUGCCCUCAUGCCCCACAGAGGCUCAGGGGACAGGGCGAAGGUGCAGCAACGUGCAUAUGAGUUCAACAAGCCUCUGUCUGUGUUUCCGACAACUUCAGACAUAGUUCGCAAGAUGUUCUUCAGCCUGGAGGGGGAUGGAGCGAUGAUCGAGGCGGUCAAGUUGGCAGAGGAUGGCAGUGGCGAUGUGGUGGUCAGGGUUCACGAGACCUUAGGCAACAGCACCAGGGUCAAACUGAGAUUGCCGGAUGAGCUUAAGCUGAGGGAAGUGUUUCUCUGCGAUGGCUUAGAGGAACCUGUGGAGCAAGUGCCGCUGGAGAAACCUGCAAAGAACUACUCUGCGUAUCCCGAGCUCAGCCUGUCGCCCUUCAAGAUUGUCACCGUCCGUCUCUGUUACUCCUCGAAAUCCAAUGUGCUGCCCUCGUAAACCAGUUGCCUUAGACGUAUGGCAAGCUGGUGGCCUAAUUGUAUGUCAGCCUCGACCUGUCGCCCUUCAAGAUGGUUAGCGUUCGUCUCUCUUACUCAUGAAGCUCUAGUGUGUUGCCCUAAUAAACAAACUGCCAACCUUUUUAUUUUUUGCAUCAAUGAAAACGGCUAAAAGGCAGGACAAACAGACAUCAAAAGCCCUUAGGAAAUUAGUGUUUGCUCUUUCAGUUUCCCUCAAGUAGAAAAAAUGGCUCGGGCAGUUUGUUGACGAGGGUGACGAUAUGUGGCUGUGUGUGUGUGUGUGUGUGUGUGUGUGUGUGUGUCAAUCUUGUUUUGAAAUUGCCUUAGUUUUUACCUUUGUAAGAGUCAAUAUUAUAAACCAUUUUUCGUAGGAGCAUAUUUGAAAAGAAUGGAUUUUUACACGAAUUAAUCCACUAUGUACUACACUUGAAAUCCACUUUGUACCUUUGUAAGACUCAAUAAUAUAAACCAUUUUUCAUAGGAGCCUAUAAAGAGUGGAUUUUUACAUGAAUUAAUCCACUUUGUACACUUGAUAUCCACUUCGUACCUUUGUAAGACUCAAUAUUCUAAACCAUUUUUCGUAGGAGCAUAUUUGAAAAGAAUGGAUUUUUACACGAAUUAAUCCACUAUGUACACUUAAAAUUCUCUGUACCUUUGUAAGAGUCAAUAUUAUAAACCAUUCUUUGUAGGAGUCUAUAAAGAGUGGAUUUUUACACGAAUUAAUCCACUAUGUACACUUAAAAUUCUCUGUACCUUUGUAAGAGUCAAUAUUAUAAACCAUUCUUCACAGGAGUCUAUAAAGAGUGGAUUUUUACAUGAAUCAAUCCACUAUGUACACUUGAAAUCCACUUUGUACCUUUGUAAGAGUCAAUAUUAUAAACCAUUUUUCGUAGGAGCGUGUUUGAAAAGAAUGGAUUUUUACACAAAUUAAUCCACUUUGUACUACACUUGAUAUCCACUUCGUACCUUUGUAAGACUCAAUAAUAUAAACCAUUUUUCUAGGAGCCUGUUAGCUACCUGUCUUAGGGGUUAGAUUUUUAUUUCUUGGUGAAACAUAAUAAUUCUGAACUUUUUUAUUUUAUCAUUCUUUUUUAUGGUGAAGUUUGAGGGACCAACUUUCCCAUGGGUUGCUUGCUAUUUUUCCUGCCAGGGUAACGAUUUUAUUUCUUCUACUUAAUUUUCUACUUUAUUCCUCUUUGUAGUACUGUACUGGGCCGUCCAUCAGUGUACUUUGAUUCUAAUAAAGCACAAGUGAAGCCUUA